GGGCUGGAGCCAUGUUUGAUAUGGUCCAUGCGUGAGUGGAGCCGGAGCAGAAGGAAGCUCAUCCGGCCAGCGAGAGAGGGGGACUCGACGGUGAGAGCAUCGGGCUGUGCGUGAGCUGAAGGCGGACACCAAUCUUCACCCACUCGGUGCGCCUAACAUCGUGGACCGACGCUGAGACGACGGCAUUCGUUCUGUUUCCCUGCUGAUCCGAGUUUAAAGAUGUGAUCAGAGUUGGAGGCAGCUGCUCUCCAAUGGUCCUGGACUUCACAUCACUUUUCUAGGAUGUACUUGAUGAAUGUGUCUCCUGUAGUAGCGAGUCAUACAGAAUGGCGAACCUGUGGCCCACUUGGAGGCUAUAGCCUUCCGACCGGCUUCGAUGACUCUGACCAGUCUGCCAGAGGUACCCCCAUCUCUAACAAGGUCCAGAUGAUCAUAGAGAGUCUGAGGAGCACCCAGUCCUCACUCGAGAUGAGCGAUGAGAUCGAGGGUAAUGUGCCACCAGGUCAAGCCUGUAAAAGUGCAGAGGGUUCUUUCGCCGGGGGGCAGACCAAGGCUGGCAGUCCUGCCGUCAAUCAGCUGGUAUGUGCUCCUGUGAAGAACGAGAGCACCGACUCUGAUAGCGAUGAUUCUGUGGACAGAGGAAUCGAAGAAGCAAUAAAGGAAUACCUGAAAGAGAAGGACGGUCACAAGCGCAAGGUGGAGGCCAGUUUUUUCCCGUCCUCCAAAAUACCAAGGCUAAACUCAACUACUGAGAUGAACAACUGCAGCAACGAAGCACUGUCAGCUACUACCAGUCAGAUUUCAAAAUGUCUCUCAGCUGAGACGCCAAACGCACGAGCCUACGUCCCACUGAAGAAGUACAUCAAAAACAAGGCUUCGAUUGAUGACUUCCCGGUUGAUUUCGACUGCAGUAUGAAGUUGCCUUCAGGUGUGAUUAAGAAACCUCCAAAAGCAACCGGCCUUUUAAAACAUGACCCAAGUGAGAAUGAGCCCAGUGAUUCCAGCAGUGAUGACGGCAUCGAGGAAGCCAUUCAAAGAUACCAGAUGGAGAAAAUAGAGCAGCAGAGUAGAGGCGAGUCUUGCAUGCCUCAUGAGUUCACAGACGAGUCCGACUCCACCAGCGAUGAUGGGAUUGAGGAGGCCAUUCGUAGCUAUCAACUUCAGCAGCUCAAGAAGAAGAGCACCACUCAACCUUUGUUGCACACGCAAAAGCUGGGCAGCAGAAAAAAGGGUAAGCUAAAAAAGAAAAGGAACAGGCCAGUCAAAGAAUUCAAGUCAGUUCUACUUCCGCUGGACAAUCCUCUCUCACCCAUGAGCUCUCACCAGGAUGGUAAAGGGACAAGAACACAUCCAUGUAAGGAGCAACCAACCACAGCCCCACUGAAGGCGAACACGACUGCUGAGCUCAUGUGUGCUGAAGCAAUACUGGACAUUUCAAAAACGGUCUUGUCAGGAGCGUUCCAUCACAGCGUUGAACAAAGAAACAACUCACUCCCUGAAUCCGCUCUCCCUGGAUCCGCUCUCCCAUCUCGUUUUCCAGAUAAUUGCCCGGCUGAUGAAAGCGACGGCAGUUCCGUUGACAGUGAAGAUGGCAUCGAGCAAGAGAUCAUGGAGUUUCUGGAGAGAAAGGCCCAAUUGCAACAAAAGCCAGAUAGCUCUUCUUCGGGCAAAGAGCCGCACAGUGUGCAUGAGACAACAAAACAAGAUGUCAACCCAAAGACAUGUCAGAGAUUAUCACUGACACGAAAAAGGAGGCGCAAACAGGAAAACGGUUGCAUCGCCAGCAUGUCAGGCAGCGGUAAUAACCCACAGGCAGCGCCCUCUAAACCUUUACAAGAGCAUAAAACGGAAUCCAGCGCAUUGUUAUUCACCCAGGACAGUCAAGGGCGGAAUGUAGCUGGAUUAAAAGCAGAGAAAAGUGGAGAUAAAAGCAGCUCUCUUGACAGUGACGAAGACCUUGACACGGCCAUUAAGGACUUACUCAAAACUAAAAAGAAAUCAAAGAAAAAAGUGAGGGAUUUGAAACAGAAAUCAAGGAAGGGAGUUAAAGGGGACGAGCUUUCUAAUGCUUCCCAAAUAAACAAGUUAAGACAUGAUGCGACGUCGAAGCAUGGCACUUUGAAAAAGUUAACCAUGGGUAAGAACGGCAUGAAGUUGAAGUCAGAGUUAAGCAAAAACACUUUCUCGGAAACUCGUCUGCAUAAACAUGCGAUUUUAAAGCGUACCGAAAGAACCAAAACGUACAAUAUGACUCAGAAGGACGACAGCAGCUCAGUGGACAGUGAUGACAGCAUUGAGCAAGAGAUCCGAAGGUUUUUGGCUCAAAAGGCUGAAAAUGGUUCCGCAACUGAGGGUGGCAAAUGUGCCAAGGUGUCAAGUGCAAUGGUUGCUGUCCCAAGUCACGGCAAAAACAUUGAGGAAAAUCAGCUGGCUGAAAUUCCGAUUCGCAGCAAAGCGGCGUCCUUGAGUGGCUCAGAGAGCAACCGCCCACAAAUCACGUUGACUAUUCCUCCCUCCCAAAGAUUACUUCUAGGCAACUCCUUACUCAGCAUUGCUGGGCAAUCGAGUCCUGCUCAGUCUGAUGGUGUUUUGGAGCCAGCAGAUGGAGCAGGGGCAGCCAAAUCCGAACAAAGUAGGCAGAGCCCACAGAGUGGCCAGUCCACGAAUGAGACCCCAAAAGCGUCGACCCCCUGUGCUGAUAGAUCUCAGACUAUUAAAUGGCGCCAGAGUUUUGGACUCCCUGUUAAUGACAUCGGCACUUUGAGCCGGACUCCCUUCCACAUUACCUCUCCGAAUAACGUGGGUGGCACUGUAUUGACUGGCCCAUUCCACAGCAGGGCAGCCGGAUCCAAACCCCCACCUCCAUCUCUUGCUUGGUCUUCAGUGAAAACCAGCAGAUCCCCCUUUGGAAUAUCCACGAUUAAAUCCCCGCCCAUCCCACGAGCUGCGUUUUUCAAUCUCCUAUCGGCUCCAAAGGAACGUCAUUCGCCCUCCCUCACCCCAGAUCACAAGCUGCAGAUGACAGAGACUGAGAGCAUGGUUCAUAUCCCUAAAGACAAGAGUGUCUACGUGGAACUGGAAUCGGAUAGAACCAACCAUGUCCAAGUUCGAAGCAGCGAAGAAGGCACGGCUGAAGUAAGCUUGGAGAGAGAGCUAGAGAAGAAUGUAAAGAAAGAAGAGCUAGAUGAAGAAGAGGGUUUUCUAGAUGGAGAUACAGACAACAGCAGGAAGCCAGUGAAGGAGCAGGGCUAUUCCACAUUAUUAAACAACUCCAGUUAUUAGCAUUUCAGAGGAGAGUGAAAGAUUCGCCAGGCUCGUGAAUUGAAGCUCCAAUGGUUCAAUUAAAGAGGGCAGUUCAUCUGCAGUUGCUUCCUGACUCAUAACCACACCUGGAGGUCCCCGCCCACGGAUCAUGGUCUUGUUUGUAAGCCAUAAUGUGCACACUUGGGAAAUAAAUCAGAAGGGAACAAAUGUCCUACUAAUGCCAGGAAUUGAUGUAAGUGUUUUGUUAGUUUUGGACCUGGACCACUAAAGGAGACAAAGUUGACCUAGGCGACUGCUUUCCACCUGUGAAUCUCCAAGUCUUCAAGAACCGAGGCUCUACAUCGUUGAGACUGCCGUUUACGUGUUUACUCCUGGUUUUCUGAUGCCCACGGAACAGAGGUCCUACAAGGUGAAAUGGUUCGACCUCCUUGGCGAUUACCAGAUUCAAAAAUACAUGCCUUUUGUCCUGCUCUAUUUUCGUUGGGACAAUGUACACUCUCUGCAGUUGACACCUCCUACCACUUCCCGGGGUGGCUGGUUUCGGGAUGUAAAUCUUCAUAUUUCGUAUAUUGAUUUCUCUGUCAUUGAUUUCAUAUGUAUAAAAAGCUAUUUAUUUUUCUUUAUUAAAAAUACUGAACAUGCUGUGCAUUGCCAGGUUUUGUACAUAUUUUGUAAGAAGUGUUUUUCUUUCUCUAAAAAAAAAAAUCUGAGUGUCUUUUCAGUGCUUAUGUGAAAUAAAAAAA